CAAGCUGAUUGCUUAUUAUACAUAAUCUCUCUCUCUCUUUUCACAGCCCAGAAGAAAUCAAGAUGGAGGUAUUUAACAAAGAGCUAAAAGAUACUGAUAUCCAAUUUCGAUUCUCAUUCCCAUCUCGUUCCUUACGGUAUCUAGAUUUCGCAGGAGAUUUUUUUGUUGAUUUGAAAGUCAAAGACAGCAGCGGUAAGCUUCGGGUGAUUCGUUGCAGGAAGAGAGAUGGAGAUUACGACAAGCCAGUGCUUUCUAAAGGCUGGCUUCAAUUUGUUGCCGACUAUGAACUGAGAGUUGGUGACAUGGCUGUUCUUCUUCGUGAGGAUGACCAUCUCCUCGGGUCACAGUUCAGGAUUGAAGCAAAGAGAAAAAUCAUCUUGUUUCGCAAGGAGGUUUGGGGUGACGUGCCUCGAGCUAACUAGUUAUUAUUUGCAUGUUGGAGUGGGCAUGUGUAUAUACAUGUCCACUCCAACAUGAUUGUAUUGCUGUUCUUGAUUGCUUUUUUAUCUAUGUAUUUUGAGAUAUACUUGCGCUGUACUCAA